GGGGGGGGGGGGGGCAUUAUAAAGGUCCGGGGGUUUUGGGGGGAAGGGGUUGAUUUGGGGUAGGGGUCCUCAGUGCGAGGGUGGGCUGGCACCGGUUUGGGGGGGGGAGUCUUCCCUUCACCAGCCGCCGUCCCCCCUCCUCAGAUCCACACCGGCAGCAUGGAGCCGCCCCCUCCCCUCCCGCUCUGCCGACCCCCGGAGCCCACCGCGGAGCCUCGCCUGCUGCCGGCCGCGCCCGGCGCUACCGGCGGCUCGGGCGGCGCCGGUACCGAGCAGCGGCGGCUGCGGUUCCGGCAGUUCCGCUACCAGGAGGCGGCGGGGCCGCGGGACGUGUGGCGGAGGCUGCGGGAGCUGUCGCGGCGCUGGCUGCGGCCCGAGGAGCGCAGCAAGGAGCAGAUAAUGGAGCUGCUGGUGCUCGAGCAGUUCCUCAGCAUCCUGCCCGAGGACAUCCAGAGCUGGGUGUGGGUGCGGCACCCCGAGUCCUGCGCGCAGGCCGUGGCCCUGGCCGAGAGCUUCCAGCUGGCCCGAGCGGAGCCCGAGGGGAUUUGGGAGCAGCAGGUGACCGUGCGGGUGAAGGUGGAGGACGUGGCCCCCGGGGACGUGGAGGACCCCGGAGCUUUGGGGGUCCCCCCGAGCCCCCCAUCGGAGCCCCCCCGGGAGGAGGCGGCCGAGGAGGAGGAGCCACGGGAAGGAGAUCCCACCACGGCCCCGGAGCCGCCCCUUCCCCAACCCCACCACCCCUCCACCAUCCGGCGAGGAACCCCCCGGCGCCAAACCCAGCGGGACCCCCCCAAAGGCGCGCCGGCCGCCGGGAGCGCGGCGCCGGCGGCGCCGGCAUCGCAUCCGUACCCCUGCGAACUCAAAUCCUCUGUCAAAAUCCCAGAUCCUGGGCCUCACCCUUCUCCUGAUGACCCCCCAUGGGUGGAUUUGGGGGGUCAGCGGUGGCAGCUGGACCUUCCCCACCCCCACUGGAGCACGGAGGGGCCGGAGCCGGACAUUCCCAUGGAAUUCUCGGGAACCACCCAUGGACCUCCUUAUCCUCCCACAGAUCCCACCACGGCCCCGGAGCCGCCCCUUCCCCAACCCCACCACCCCUCCACCAUCCGGCGAGGAACCCCCCGGCGCCAAACCCAGCGGGACCCCCCCAAAGGCGCGCCGGCCGCCGGGAGCGCGGCGCCGGCGGCGCCGGCAUCGCGUCCGUACCCCUGCGCGCAGUGCGGGAAGAGCUUCGGCCGCCUGACCCACCUGAAGACCCACGAGCGGACGCACACAGGGGCGAAGCCGUACGGCUGCGGCGCCUGCGGCAAGCACUUCGGCCACCUGUCCACGCUGACCACGCACCGGCGGCUGCACACCGGCGAGCGGCCCUACGGCUGCGGCGCCUGCGGCAAGAGCUUCACCAACCCCUCGGACCUCAACAAGCACCGGCGCUCGCACACAGGCGAGCGGCCGUACCCGUGCCCGGCCUGCGGCAAGCGCUUCAGCCAGCAGUCCAACCUGACCAUGCACCGGCGCAGCCACACCCAGGAGCGGCCGUACCCCUGCCGCGCCUGCGGCAAGAGCUUCAAGUACCUGGCGGACCUGACGGUGCACGAGCGCUCGCACACGGGCGAGCGGCCCUUCCCCUGCGGCCACUGCGGCAAGAGCUUCAGCAACAAGUCCUCGCUGGCCCGGCACGCGCGGAUCCACGCCCGAGCGGCUGCCAGGGACAAGUGAGGGAGGGUGGGGGGCGUCGGCGGCCGCACGGUGGAGGUUUGGGGGAUGGGGGGCUGUGGCGGAGCCCCGUGAGGGUGGUGGGUGCCGGUGUUGGCUCUCCGUGGUGCUGGAGAUGGGAGUGGUGUGGUGGCCCCAGGACUGUCCUGAGGUGGCUCAAACACGGAUGAGGA